AGAGAGGUCGGCAAGAGUGGAGAUGCUGAGGGAAGUGGGAACUGCAACUUCGAAUUAUUCUUCUUCGGUGGAUGAUUGCUUUUAAUCCUUUGUAGUUCCUCUGGAUUGUCUUUCUCACUGAUAUUUUUAAUCUCCGCAUGUUACGUCCCCGAGGUUGCGCGGUCAGUCCAAAACCAACACUGGGGGGAGAGAGAGAGAGAGAGAGAGAGAGAGAGAGAAUUAAAAAGCAAAGGCAGGCCCUCCAAGCCUUUUACACGUGAUAAAAGGAAAGCAACACCCAAAUGCACUUGUUGCAUGCGUGUAUGAGAUUCAUCUCUGGUCUAUACGACUAUAUCUGAAUCAACACAAACCCAUCUUUAGUUUCCACUUUUGAUUCUCUUUCUACCUCGCUCUUCAGGUUCUUUGGCAGCUCUCUUUUAAGUUUGUCUUUGAUUUUCCUUUUUCUCCUGUUGGAUUUCUCUGCUUUUGAUUGAAGAAGCGUUUGCUAAGGUGAAUGAGAGCUAUCGUCCUUCUUCAUGGUAAAUGAGUUCGUGUACAGAUUCCCUGAAACUUGUGAGAGAAAGGGAAACCUGUGAAUUUGGUGAAGGUUACUUCGUUGGAAUCAGGUCAUCUUCUGGUUAUCAGUUUUAGUCACCAUGCCCAUGAGACAGAUACAGAGCUCAGAACAACACAUUGUGAUCAAAACCCAAAUACAGAGCACCAUGAAUCCAGUGAAGAAGGUUCCCAAAACUUCACAAAAUGGGAAAGGCCCACCUCGAGAAGAAAUCCCGAGUGACAACACUCCGAACCACCACACAUCACCUCCUUCAAGGAACAGAGGUAGGAGGAGAGGAAGAGGUGGCCGAAAAUCCUAUCAGGGUGAUAUCGUUAUGCGAUCAACUUCCAGAAGACCCAGCACUUACGGUCAUGAAACUAUUCAAGGGUGCCCCAGCGGAACUCUGUCACCUGAGAUUCAAGAUGGGUCUGUGGAGAACGGAGGUCAUAUCUGUGAGAUAGAGAAGGGUUUUCCAUCUUCAAGCAAAACUCUAAGAUUUGCCCCCAGACCUAGUUGUGGACAAGUAGGGACAAAGUGUACAGUAAAAGCCAACCAUUUUUUCGUAGAGUUAGCAGCAGAGAACUUGAACCAAUAUGAUGUCAACAUUACUCCUGAAGUUGUAUCGAGAACUGUGAACAGGGCCAUCAUAGCAGAGCUUGUGAAACUGUACAAGGAGUCUGACCUGGGAAAGAGAUUGCCUGCUUAUGAUGGAAGAAAGUGCUUAUACACAGCUGGGGAGCUUCCCUUCACUUCCAAGGAGUUCAACAUUAAACUGGUGGAAGAAGAUGAUGGAAUCGGUGGUCCCAAAAGAGAAAGAGAAUAUAAGGUGGUGAUCAAGUUUGUUGCUCGAGCAGACUUGCAUCACUUGAGCCAGUUUCUCGCCGGUCGACGAGCAGAUGCUCCACAGGAAGCUCUUCAAAUUCUUGACAUUGUAUUGAGAGAACUCUCUUCCAAAAGGUACUGCCCUGUUGGGAGAUCUUUCUUUUCCCCUGAAAUAAGAACACCACAGCGACUCGGAGAGGGUGUGGAGUCAUGGUGUGGAUUCUAUCAGAGUAUAAGGCCUACCCAGAUGGGCCUAACACUGAAUAUUGAUAUGUCAUCUGCAGCAUUUAUUGAGCCUCUCCCUGUAAUUGAGUUUGUUGCUCAGCUUCUUGGCAAGGGUGUAUUUUCCAGGACAUUAUCAGAUUCUGAUCGUGUAAAGAUUAAAAAGGCUCUUAGAGGACUGAAAGUGGAAGUCACACAUAGAGGGAAUGUGCGGAGGAAAUAUCGGGUUUCAGGAUUAACGUCACAACCUACUAGAGAACUUGUGUUUCCUGUUGAUGAAAAAUCAACAAUGAAGUCAGUUGUUGAAUAUUUUCAGGAGAUGUACGGCUUCACAAUUCAGCAUACACAUCUUCCUUGCCUUCAAGUUGGGAACCAGAAGAAGGCAAACUAUUUGCCUAUGGAGGCCUGCAAAAUUGUUGAGGGCCAACGGUAUACCAAAAGGUUGAACGAGAAACAAAUCACAGCUCUUUUGAAAGUGACUUGCCAAAGACCCAGAGAUCGGGAAAAUGACAUUUUGCAGACAGUUCAACAUAAUACUUAUGAUCAAGACCCAUAUGCAAAGGAGUUUGGGAUCAAAAUAAGUGAAAGGCUAGCUUCCGUUGAGGCUCGGAUUCUUCCUGCUCCAUGGCUUAAAUAUCAUGAUACUGGGAAGGAAAAAGAUUGUUUGCCCCAAGUUGGUCAGUGGAAUAUGAUGAACAAGAAAAUGAUCAAUGGGAGUACUGUCUGCCGGUGGGCAUGUAUCAACUUCUCAAGGAAUGUUCAAGAUAGUGUAGCUAGGGGGUUUUGCAAUGAGCUGGCUCAAAUGUGUCAAGUAUCUGGCAUGGAGUUCAACCCAGAGCCUGUUAUUCCUAUCUACGCAGCAAAGCCUGAACAAGUAGAGAAAGCUUUGAAGCAUGUUUACCAUGCAUCCGUAAACAAACUCAAAGCAAAAGAUUUAGAGCUACUCCUGGUGAUUUUGCCUGACAACAAUGGUUCUCUAUAUGGUGAUCUCAAGCGGAUAUGUGAAACGGAGCUUGGUUUAAUAUCACAAUGCUGUCUAACAAAGUAUGUCUUUAAGAUUAGUAAACAGUACCUGGCUAAUGUGGCCCUGAAAAUUAAUGUCAAGAUGGGAGGAAGAAACACUGUUCUUUUGGAUGCCAUCAGGUGGAGAAUACCAUUGGUCAGUGACAUACCAACCAUAAUAUUUGGAGCAGAUGUCACCCAUCCUGAGAAUGGAGAAGACUCCAGCCCUUCGAUCGCUGCUGUAGUAGCUUCUCAGGACUGGCCUGAAGUCACAAAAUAUGUGGGAUUGGUUUGUGCUCAAGCUCACAGACAGGAACUCAUACAAGACUUGUACAAGACUUGGCAUGACCCUGUUCGUGGUACUGUUGGUGGUGGAAUGAUCCGUGAUUUAUUGGUUUCCUUUCGGAAGGCUACUGGACAAAAACCGCAAAGGAUUAUAUUCUACAGGGAUGGUGUGAGUGAAGGGCAAUUUUAUCAAGUUCUACUAUAUGAGUUAGAUGCAAUCCGGAAGGCUUGUGCCUCUCUGGAACCAAACUACCAACCACCAGUGACUUUCAUUGUGGUUCAAAAACGACAUCACACGAGACUAUUUGCUAAUAACCACAAGGACCGGAGCAGCACGGACAAGAGUGGGAACAUUCUACCUGGCACAGUAGUUGAUUCUAAGAUCUGUCAUCCAACGGAGUUUGAUUUUUAUCUCUGUAGCCAUGCUGGUAUUCAGGGAACAAGCCGACCAGCUCAUUACCAUGUUCUAUGGGAUGAAAACAAAUUUACAGCAGAUGGAAUUCAGUCUUUGACGAAUAAUCUUUGUUACACAUAUGCAAGGUGCACACGUUCUGUUUCUGUUGUUCCUCCAGCAUAUUAUGCACAUUUAGCAGCAUUUCGAGCUCGAUUCUACAUGGAACCUGAGAUGCAGGAGACUGGUUCAAUGGCUACUCGGGCAGCCGGCGAGUCAGGAGUUAGGCCAUUGCCGGCACUCAAGGAGAAUGUGAAGAGAGUUAUGUUUUACUGUUAAUAAAGAGGAAAGACGUGGAGGAUUCGGGUGAUAUUGAUUGUGAGGCAUCUUGGUUUGCAGCUGCUAGGCCUUGCUAGUUCAUCUCUGUAAAUCUCUCUUUGUAUUUAUGAAACAAGAUGCAUGUUCAAUGGGGUCUCCUUCAAUUUUAAAGUCAGUAAGGCCCUGUUUUUGGCACGAUUCCAGUUUAAAGGAAUUACUGCAGAGGGAGAUCAAAGUGUAGAUGAACUGGCUUGUGAGCCAAUACAACUCUGUAAGCCUUGUAACUAACUAUAAAAGAAAAUUAACCUUGCUUGACUUUCACAAAA